GAUACAAAUGGGGAGGAUGAAGAAAUAAGUGUUGGAGAUACAACAACUGGGCGGGAGGAUGAAAUAGAUGGGAGUAGAGAGGAAGAAGUGGACGGUGAAAAUGGGCAGGAAAAAAAUGCAGCCGAUCCGGAGGAAAAAGUUGAAAAAAACGCAGCUACGGAGGAAGUUCAACUUGAGUAUCAUCUUCCCCAUAGCUGCGAGCAAGAGGACGCCGAAAUAAAAAGAUUUUCAUCCCCCGUGCAACAAGAUAAACUAAGAUACCUCAUUUUUACGAACCUGUUAUCAUCUCAUGUCCCAGCGCUCGAAAACCCAUUGUCACUCAGAGGACACCUCCUUCGCGCACAUAGAGGCAAGAGAACAAUCUUGGCAACAAUGGACUUAUGGACAAAUAUGCCAACGUCCGCAUUUUCUAUGGUGUGCAGAACGUCACAUCAAGUGAGGGGUGG